GUAUAAAUAUGUUUGAUAACCAGCUGAAAAUUAACACUUGAGACAUUAAAAGCAGACGACUGACUUCUCUGUUAACCUUUUAACGGACCUUGAGACGAUGCCUAACAUGCCUGGAGGAUUCACUGAACCAAUGGAUGCCACUGAGGAAAUCCAGAAGAUUUGUGAUCAGGUGAAGGGCCAAGUACAGGAAAACACAAAGAAGAUUUAUGAGGAACUCAGAGCAGUUAAAUACACCAGCCAAAUUGUACAUGGAACAAACUACCUGAUCAAGGUUCAUGUAGGAGGGUGCAUUUACCUUCACCUGAAAGUCUACAAAAGCCUUCCAUGUGAUGGAGGAGAAGUCGUGCUGAUCAGCGUACAUGACGACAAAGACGAUACCAUUGUACCUUUAUAAUGUGAUCACCCUGCCUGUUUCAACUGCUGCAGCCUCAUAACAACAUACUCUGCUCCUUUAUCCUUAAGGAAUUAUACACAAUAAAAUUCCUGUACAAUAA